AGGACAGAAGAGAGAUGAGAAAAGUAGAGAGAGAAAAUGAAGAAAAAAGAAAAACAAUAAUUAAGCAAAACCACAUCACCAAGAACGAGCACCAGAGAUUGAUUCCUCUCUUUAGCCCAUCUCUCUCUCCUCUUUCUCUCUCCUCUUUCUCGGGCCCAAUCUUCAGGUUUCAAUCACUGCCCAGCUACAAAGAGUCGAUCUUUCAGCCUGUUUUUCCAUCAAAAUCAACCAGCUAUAUAUGCAUCAAUGACCCACGAACCUUGCAGCCUAAUCCCCCUUUGUACAUGAAUAGUUAUUAACUUUUGGGUGUGUGUGUGUGUCUGCACUUGCAUAGCUACACGCACUGACUUUUUUGAUACUUUUUUUUUCAUUGUGAUUCCCGAUAAAGGAAUGGUAACUGUGUUUUCUAGAUCGUGCCCAGAUCUUAAUGUUUGUUGAUCUGGAGUCUUCGUAGACUUGACAUGAAGUUGAAUUUGAGUACAUUAUGCUUUGUGGGAUAUAAGAUUGCAAGUGUAAAGGGGACUAGAUUCGAGCUCGCAGCCGUCCAUGUUGGUAUAUGAUCAUUAGUAGUGAGGGCGUGCUUCUGCAUUCUAGCAGUUGAUUGGUGGCUGCUGGCUGCCCUUAAGUUAGCUUGAAGAGGGCUGGGUUGUUUUUAGUGGCUCUAAGUGAUGAUUAAAAAUUUCCUUAACAAGCUUCCAAAGAAACAGGCGAAGUCAGCAGAAGGUCGUGAUGGAGGGUCUUCGACUCUCUCUUCAAAUGCUUCGACUACUUCCAGAAGCAAUUCUGCUUCAGGUGCUCGGUCGGGCAAUGUAAAUUCCACGGGUCAUUCCGGGAACAAUUCUACUCAGUACUCUGGUGCAAAUCAUGGGAGCAAAUUUCAUGACCCUUUGCAUAACAAAGUAAAUGGAAUUAGUCCGCCUGUACCGUAUGAGGCUCUACCUAGUUUUAGAGAUGUCCCGAGUGCGGAGAAGCAGAACUUGUUUAUCAGGAAAUUGAGCAUGUGUUGUGUAGUGUUUGACUUCACUGACCCCACGAAGCAUGUGAAAGAGAAAGACAUCAAACGGCAGACCUUGGUGGAGCUUGUUGACUAUGUUUCUUCAGCAAAUGGGAAGUUCAGUGAUACAGUCCUGCAAGAGAUCGUGCGUGUGGUGUCUGUAAAUUUGUUCCGUACUCUCUCUACUCAGCCUCGUGAAAACAAAGUAUUGGAAGGUCUCGACGUAGAAGAAGAGGAGCCCCUAAUGGAUCCUGCGUGGCCGCAUCUGCAAAUUGUCUAUGAAUUUCUCCUCAGGUUUGUGACUUCCCCCGAGACUGAUGCAAAGCUGGCAAAGCGCUACGUCGACCACUCUUUUAUUCUAAGGUUAUUGGAUCUGUUUGAUUCAGAAGAUCCGAGAGAAAGGGAGUACUUAAAGACAGUACUGCACCGCAUAUAUGGAAAGUUCAUGGUGCAUCGCCCGUUCAUUAGAAAAACCAUAAACAAUAUAUUCUACCGCUUUAUCUUUGAAACAGAGAAGCAUAAUGGGAUCGCAGAGCUGUUAGAGAUUUUGGGAAGUAUUAUAAAUGGAUUUGCGCUGCCGUUGAAAGAAGAGCACAAACUUUUUCUUGUCCGGGCACUCAUUCCACUUCACAAACCAAAGUGCAUACCCAUGUAUCAUCAACAGCUAACUUAUUCCAUCACACAAUUUGUCGAGAAGGACUGUAAACUCGCAGAUACUGUUAUCCGGGGUUUACUCAAGUAUUGGCCCAUAACAAACAGUUCAAAGGAGGUCAUGUUUUUGGGUGAGCUUGAGGAAGUGCUGGAAGCAACUCAGGCCCCAGAGUUCCAGCGUUGCAUGGUUCCUUUGUUCCGUCAAAUCGGUCGUUGCAUGAGCAGUUCACAUUUUCAGGUUGCAGAAAGGGCUCUCUUUUUAUGGAACAAUGAUCAUAUCGAGAACCUGAUCAAACAAAAUCGCAGAGUUAUAUUGCCAAUCAUCUUCCCCGCAUUGGAGAAGAACGCAAGGAAUCACUGGAAUCAGGCGGUGCAUAGCUUGACACUGAAUGUCAGGAAGAUCUUUGCUGAUGUGGACCCCGAGCUAUUCGAGGAGUGCCUGCUCAAAUUUCAAGAAGACGAAGGGCGAGACGAAGAAGCUAAGGUGAAACGCGAAGCAACCUGGAGACGCCUAGAGGAGAUUGCAACAAUGAAGGGCACGAGCAAUGAAGCAGUGCUCGUCCCUCGCAAGGCUAGCACCACCCGGCCAUCCAGCUAAGUAAACACCACGCUAUUUUUGCUUGCAUUACGUCAUAUCUUUCGACUUGAUCAUUGUCACUGGUGAUGAUGCAUCAUGUGCUUGGAGGUGGAAACAUGAAAUGAAAACUGCAUAUUUUCUUGAUUGCAUAACCUUUUGAAGUUCUGCUGGUUCGCAUGGGGCGAAAGCACGACAAUCGAGGACUUUGUCGUUUCAAUAUGGGAUCAGAGGGACUGUACAUACAUAAAUGGACGGCCAACUGCAGGAGGUUAUAGGCGUGCUUUUGCCCCAUGCGAUGUGCAGGAACUUGUUUUUAGUGAUCAAAGGUUUUUUCAUCUCUAGCUCUUAGAAAUGAUGUUGAGAUCAAGACUUGUAUUCUAUCUUGCUUUGAAAGCAUUCAUUGUAAAAGUUAUUAACAGUUGAAAGAGUUUAGGAUUUCUUUUUUUUGCAAUGGAGUGGCUUACUAUUUUUACAA